UGCAUAACUAUAAAUCAAUGAAACUAAUGAAUUUCUCUGAAGUGACCGGGCCGCAGUUUCAUAAGGUUCACGUCGGAGUUGGUCAUCGAUUGGAUGCUUUUUCCUCUGGGGUGUUGGUUUUAGGUAUUGGGAAAGGAAAUGGAGUGCUAGAGCAUCUGUGCAAAUCACAUGUAACCAGGGACUACAUGCUUGAGGGGGAGUUUGGAAAAGCCACUGAUAAUUUCACUCACACAGGCCGAGUCAUUGAAAAAACAACAUACGACCAUGUUACCCUGGAUAAGCUCGAGAGAGUUCUUGCCAUGAUACAGGGAGCCAACCAGAAAGCCUUAAUUAUGUAUUCUCAGGUGGAUCUGCACACUCAGGAGGCUUACGAGCUUGCAGUGAGGGGUUUAUUGUAUCCUCAUGGUAAAAGCCCACCGAUUCUGACUGGUCUGCGAUGCAUACAUUUCAAUCCACCACAUUUCACAUUGGAGGUCCAGUGUGUGAAUGAGACUCAGAAAUAUCUGCGUAAAUUGAUUCACGAGGUUGGACUAGAGCUGCGGACGUCUGCUGUCUGUUCUGGAGUGCGUCGUACACGAGACGGUCCCUUCAAAGUAGAGAACGCACUCACCCGACAACACUGGACUGCUGGCAGCAUUAUACAAGCUAUUGCUCACUUUAGCAAGGCUACUCGCAAAAUCAGAAAGUUAGAAAUGUACAAGCAGACUGCUGGUCAAUUGAACUCAAAUGCACAGGUCCAAGAGCAAACCAGAAGUCAAACUGAGCAAAUAAAUCAACAGCAUGUUGAACUCUCAAGCUCUACUUCUGAUACAGUUGUGGACAGAGAGACACCUGUGACACUGAGUGAGGGGAGAACAAAACAUUAAGUUAAACGAAUCAUCUGCCUCAAUUAGGAUGAUUUGAUUUCUGAAUUCUGAGACGUAUUUAUCUGUUCACUAUAAUUUAUGAAUUUGUUAUACGAUCAUCAUUGUGCAUCAUUAAAACU